CACGUCUUGUUCACAUGUUGCACUCUUUGGAAAUCAAACUUCGCAUUCAUUCUUUAUUACUGAUACAGAUACCCCAUUUUCGUUCAUCUUUCCUCACAUUCUCUCUCCGGCACGCCUCUAAAUUAUGCAGAACCCAACUCUUGCAACUACCCUCUUCGCCGUUUUGCUUUUUCUUCAUUCCUCACUUGCCCUCAAGGAAGGACAACUAUGCGUAGCAGACAAGAACUGCGACUCUGGUUUGCACUGCGAGACGUGCGUUGCUAAUGGAAACGUGCGACCGAGGUGUACUCGUAUUCAACCAAUCAACCCCACUUCACAGGUGAAGGGGUUGCCGUUUAAUCGGUAUUCAUGGUUAACGACGCAUAAUUCAUUUGCGCGGUUGGGUCAGAAAUCGAUGACUCGUUCUGUGAUUCUGGCUCCCACGAAUCAGCAAGACACGAUCACCAGUCAGCUUAAUAAUGGAGUACGAGGGUUGAUGCUUGACAUGUAUGACUUCGAGAAAGAUGUUUGGCUGUGUCACUCAUUUGGGGGCCAGUGUUACAACUACACAGCUUUUCAACCUGCAAUUAAUGUUCUCAAAGAGAUUCAAGCAUUUCUUGAAGCAAACCCAUCAGAGAUUGUUACUAUUAUUAUUGAGGAUUACGUGACUUCACCAAAAGGUCUAACAAAGGUGUUUGAUGCUGCUGGACUGAGAAAAUACUGGUUUCCAGUGUCUCGAAUGCCCAAAAAUGGUGGAAACUGGCCAACCGUAGAUGAUAUGAUCCAGAAGAACCAGCGCUUAGUAGUCUUCACUUCAAAAGCAUCUAAGGAAGCUUCUGAAGGGAUUGCAUAUGAGUGGCGAUAUUUAGUAGAAAACCAAUAUGGAAAUGGAGGCAUGAAGGCUGGUUCAUGCCCGAAUCGUGCAGAAUCACCAUCUAUGAACACAACAUCAAGAUCUUUAGUCCUAGUGAACUACUUUAGAGAUCUUCCAGAUGUAACUAAAUCUUGCAAGGACAAUUCAGCUCCUUUGCUUAGCAUGGUCAACACUUGCUAUGAAGCAGCCGGCAAACGUUGGGCUAAUUUCAUAGCUGUUGAUUUCUACAAGAGGAGCGAUGGAGGAGGAGCCCCAGAAGCAUUAGAUGUUGCAAAUGGUCAUCUAGUAUGUGGGUGUGGAAAAAUAGCCUCCUGCAAGGCAAACGUGACAUUUGGAUCAUGUCAGUUACCUGAGGCUCAUACAACAUCUCCCCAUGUGGCAGCUCGUGACUCGAGCUUUGGCAUUCGAAAUUGCAAGCCAGUUGAUUUGUUGUGGUGGUUUGCUACUACUCCUCUCGUGGCCAUGCUUGUGGCAUUGUGAAAAACCUUUCCCUUUAAUAAAAUGCAAGUAGAAGAGUUUCGGAGAAAGAGUGUGAAGAAACCAUUUUUUUGGGUAACGCUGAAUUGGGUGUGAACAUUGAUUAGUUAGGAUAGUGUGGGGUUGGUACAUUGUGGUGGCUUUUGUUUUUUAUUUUGGGGAUUAGCUUUGGUAGCUGUCGUUGUAAUUUUGUAGUCAUGGUGGGAAUGCAAUGGGCCCACUAACUUAAUAUUGUGAAAUUAUCAGUGUGCAACAUUUGGUGGGUUGUAAUGUUGUAUGAUAU